AUGUCUCUUAACACGACCAGCGUGGCUGAAUGGCUGGGUUCCCAGCACAGAAUGACGCUCCUCGUCACUUCUCGACAAUUGCUGGCCCUAGAGAUCUGCCGAGUCCCACCUUCACAACAGGCAUUGAUUGCCCUUUCUGACUCGGCCCCGCCAGUGCCUGCAUCGGCCAGAACCGUCAUAAUCUCCAAUCCCCUCAGCGUUUCCAGAACAGCGCCUGCCCAGUCGAUUCAAGGCAAAUGGACAGACUCGGGCUACGAUCUACUGGUUGAAUCACGCGACUAG